AGCAAGGACUUCGUCGCGACCGGUCGUGUUGUUGCUGCUCUGCGCGUUGUUGACUGAGGACAGGUUCUGGGUUCCUCUGGUUAGAAGAUUGUGACAGGAAGAUAGCACAGAGAUCGGGAUCGGUGUCGGUCGGGUUGAUACUGUGACAGCAUCCCGAUGGGAGAUGUUCUCGCUUGAUUUCGGAAUGGCGAGAGAAUGCAGAUUGCGCUCGUGAAUUCGUGAAUGUAUCUGGAAGAGUGGAUGUUAGAGGUUGAGCCAGAAACAGCAUCAUCGUCAUUAGACUGGACGGUAGACUUAGAAGUCAUCUCCAGUGCGACGUCAUCCCGGAGUGCGCCAGAGUUGACGGACGACGUUUGCGAAGAGUUCGUGAGAGGACCUGCCUCGGAACGGUUCACGGUCGUCGCGGUGUUCGCGAGUGAAUAUGAAGAAGAAAAACAUAAAUAAUUAAAUGGUUGAUGGAGUUUCUGGGCAGUGAAUUGAAGAUUUCAUUCGGUUCGAAUCUGUGAAAGAUGAAGAAUUAGUCCUGAAAUUCGGAAAGUUUGUGGAGUCCGUACUAAUGUGGGCAUAUUGGGAUAGUGCGAGAUGAAAAUUCCUUAUGAUGAUUGGUGAUCGAUGAAUACCGAAAAAUCCCGUGCAAGUGAAUUCAUAUAUCGUUUUCAAGUGGACGAGAAGAAGAUGACCCUCACCACUGUUGAUGGAAUGCUUGAUGUUGGAUUACCGCCCGUAAUUGAGUGUUGAAAGAAGCGUUCGAUUGGAAAAUUUUACCACCCCGGGAAAGUGAUACACCACUAACCUAGAUCCUUGGCCGAGGGAUUACGGAUACAUUGAAGCUAUAGUGAGUGAAAUAAAAAAAAUCAAAACCAAGUCAGUGUUAGCUCCACGCAAAUGAGAGAGAGCUUAUGCCCUCGAAAGAGUAAGAGCAGCAUCACAAAAAUCGAAACACGGCGUUGACAGUGAAAUGUGAAGUUUAUAAAUAACAAUAGUGAACUCAGUGUCCCAGGGCAGUUGCCGAGGUAGCGGAGAAUCCUUAAAGGAAAACCUAAAAGAUUUCAUCCCAAACUAUCUUGAUAAAAUGUGUUGGACACGAAGCGAAGAACUUACCAUGCCGAGGAAAUCAAUUUCAUAGUUCGUUUGACUGACUGAUACCCACGAAAGACUCGAGGUAGAUGACACUAAUCUCAUCGAUGUGCUCAGCCAGAAUCCGAUACGCCGGGUUCUGCCAUGCUGCUGCCGGCCUCUAAAGUAGUGUACAAGAAACUCAAUUUUCCAAUAUUCCCAACCGAAGCAAGGUUCAAAGUAGCAAAAUCAGCAACAGUGUAGCCGCUCUUGAAAAGUGCGUGUGGUGGGUCGGUUCCCAGUGCUCUAACAUCACCAUCAUCUGUGUGCAAUAGUGGCAGGAUUCUAACGACGACAAAAAGGAGACAAUCACCAUCCAAUCUAUCAGAGGUCCCGGGAUAUAUUCAUCGAUCGCAGGCUUCGGUGUGGAACGGGCCUCCCGUCCCUGUCUCUCCAGCAAACGGUGUGAACUUCUAUCGAAGACGACGCAGACGUUCGACAGAGCUUAUCGAAUGGUGUGAUAGCAGUCUUGUGUGAAAGUGUAGAAACAGUAGCAAGCAGCUCAAAGCCGGGACACACGACGGACGGAUAAUCGUUUAAGUGGAUUUAUUAUGAUUUAAAUAGAGGAUUAUCAAAGUGAAACGCUAUUAAAGAUGAACAUGAAAGCAAUACACUGCUCGCUGGUAGCGGCGCUGGCGUUGAAACUGGCAGGACUGUGCUAUAGCUGUAAGAUAUCCGAGUAUCCAUGCAAAGGUGGAGCAUUUUGUGUGCCGCUGGACAAGUUCUGCGAUGGGAAAGAUGACUGCGGAGACGGAAGUGACGAACCGAAGAUGUGCACAGUUUGCAACCGAACGUAUUACGGCGAUAUAGGACGAACGUAUUCAUUAACGGUGCCGCCGCCUCAGUGGAAUCGGCUGCCAUUCUUGUGCCAUCUGACAUUCACGGCGUCCGGAAACGAACAGGGCGAUAUUGUUCAGAUAAUAUUCGACAAGUUCACCGUUGGCCGUUUCGACGAGGGGCUGAUCGACCCGGAUGCGGACUCGAAUGACGCCGGCCUGACCAGUGGUGGCGACCUUCCCGGCUGUCCGGAAGGCUUCAUGCAGCUCAGCGAACUUGGUCGUCCGUUUACCGGGGGCUCCUGGUGUGGCAAAGCGUCCGGCCAUCAGCUGUACUUUAGCGAAACGGCAACGGUGACAGCGUCUGUCAAGGUAUUCCAGGCACCGGGACUUCAGGCCGUGACGCCGUUCGAGUUUCGCAUCCGGUACAAAUUCAUAAGUCAAUCAGACGCCAUUGUCAGAUAUGGGGCCCCGAACGAGCUCCUGGAGCUGGGGAAGGUUACUCCGGGGACGUAUUGUACCCGACAGUACGACGAGUGUUACCGGAAGCGAUGCCGACUGCAAAGCCCGAACUAUCCGGGAAUGUAUCCACGGAACGUGACCUGCUACUGGACGAUCAAGCAGAAGGUAGUGCCCACCUGUAAGCACGCGAUGGUGUCCAUCAGUCAAGAGAACGAGCACAAGGCGUUGGUUAAAAGAUCCAUCGCCAGCUUGAACAAAACAUCGCGGGCCGUCCGGGCGUGGUCCGACUGCACCGGCGAGCGGGACCAUCUGAUAUUCUACGACGGCAGCACGACCAACGAUCCGGUCCUGGCCAAGUACUGCGGAGGUGAUUGGCUGCCGAAGGUCGUUUCCAGGGGUCCCGAGAUGUUGAUAGCGUUCCAUUCGAGUCCGUUCUCGGCACCGCUGCAGUCCGGCCAGUCCAACCGGGGCUUCGAGCUGGACGUGGACAUUCUGUUUGCCGAUUCGGACUCGUACGACUUCGCCCAGGGAAGCCGGUGCGAGUUUCACAUCAAUGCGUCCAGUCCAGAUGAGGUCCUGUUCUCUCGACGUGGCCGAAUGGGUCAUCUACUAAGUCCACGCCACACACUGCCACCAAACACGACGUGCACCUACUACUUCCAUGGUGUCCCCACCGACUUGGUGUGGAUAUCGUUCACCAACUACCAUCUUCAGAUAUUGCAACCAAGUACAGCCAGCGAUAACGUGACCAUUGGCAAGAGCGAAUCACCACUUCCGUGGAUCACUCGGCUACGCAUCUGGGACAGCGCCGGUACUUACGUCCCGAUCAAAACCACCUCCCCGGCAUCGAUCACUACGUCAUCGUCGUCCUCAACCUCGGCGCAGACGGCUUCGUCAUCAUCCCUGGCGUACGGUAGCAGUGGAGGAACAACUCCGGUAUUUCCCGGAACCAGUACUACCGCUCUGUACCAGCAGAUGAUGAACCGAUCCGUGGGCACUUACUACGGAACGGUGAACCAACAUGGGAAGAGUCUAACCAUCAACAUCGACAACGUGUGGAAUCCCGUCGAUCAGUACAUCUACGGCCCCACGGUGAACAGUAUCUUCAACCAGCCUCAAAUGCCGCAGCACCCAUCACAGCAGCACCACUCCGGAAGCAGCGGUGGUUUCGGGAUGUCCAACGAAAAGGGAUUGGUGUACGGGGGUGCACAGCACGACAAGCCUUCCAAGGGUAAGGGACCCAAGGACGGAUCACGACACGGCAAAGACAACGAGGUGUUCAAGGACCAUGGCGGGUCGGGGCGGAAGUCAUCGCGUAGCAAUCGCCGAAUGGUGGCCGAGUUCUACGAUAACCAGUCGCCGAAACUGUGCGAUCACGUAUCGCUGGAGAGCAAGGGUAACCGGAUGCGACCUUGCACUCCGCUGGAGAGUUACGUCAGUACUGGAAGUGAUCUGAAAAUUGAAUUUCACACCAUGACGGGGACUUCGCUGUUUCCGUCGAGCUUCGGGAUCAACUACGAGUUUAUCGAUACGGAACUUGGAGGUGAACCGUAUCUAGGACACAAGGGCGAAGAAGUUCCUGUGCUGUGUUCUAGGGUAUUCCGCAAGAGAAAAGGCGAGUUUCAAUCACCACGUAAUGUGUUCCUUCAUGGGCGAGGAGGAGCGAAGAAUAUCUCCUGUCUGUAUCGAUUUGAGGCAUCCGUUGGAGAGAGGGUUCGUAUUGAGCUGUACAACGUUUCAUUUGGGGAAUCCGAUUCCUGCAUAACUGAGUCGGAUGGUCAUACGGGACGAGCUCGAUGCGCUCCGUCCGAAACCAAUCUGGAUGGUCGAGUGGGUGAGCUGCGAAUAUUCGACGUCCCGUACAAAGAUGUUAAGAUCCCUCUAGGUUGCUUCUGUGACAACACCAGUAGUUCAUACAAUUCACCGUUGACGUUCAUCUCCAACUCUCGCACACUGGAAUUGACUUUCGUGGUGACAAAGUUGAAUAUCUCCGAAGACUUUGCCGACGUGUAUUUCCACGCUUCGUAUGACUUUAUACGAGUUCCGGAGUGCCGAAAGCGGCUAUUCCUUCGAGGAUCGGGAGGGGAUGACGAAGUGAACUAUCCGCUGCGAUCGCACGAAGCGAGUUGCGAUGGGUUGCCUUGGUACAUCGAGGCUCAACAGCAAGACCGAAGUCUGUUUGUCCGCACGUGGGGUAGUUUACUGGCGAUUGAGCCGGUACAGGACGAGUUCUCCAAGUGCAACACACGCAACAGACUGAUGGUCUACAGUGGGAAGCCGCUGAAGCUCAUGCAGGUUAUCUGCCCAUCAGCUCCGUCCAGUAGAGCCACUCCGUUGCACAUCUUUUCCGAGGAUUGGCUCAGCAGCCAGCCGUUCCUGAGUUCAGACAGCAGGCCUGUCAGCAUGGUGUUGGAGCCUAUCCACAAGGAAGGCGGAAGCAUAGCAUUCUCGUGGAUGGAGAUCCAGCACACGAAGGCAUCGCUGAUUCAACAGCUGGAACAGCAAACCAACACAACGGGCAACGAUACCCUGUUGGAGUUCGGGCUGUUCCCGAGGGAGUCCGAGUGCGAGCAUCAGUGCCCGGAGCUCAACGCCUGCAUCGGCAGUGAUCUGUGGUGUGACGGACAUCCCAACUGUCCGUCCGGGUUCGACGAAAGUGAGCAGGAGUGCGGCAGCCGACUGAUGGAGCUUCCGGGUGGCAUAUUUGCUGCCUUCGGUUGCCUUGCCGCCGCGAUUUGCGCCUGUCUCAUCUUCUGCGUGUUGGCCAUGGUCCGAAAGCGUCGGAAAUCCAACGAAAAGUUGAAGACGGCACCCAGCUCGCUGAACGGCACCCUCUCCAAGAAGGACUACAAGAAGGAACCGCUGUUCUUCGAUCCAGACUCCUGACACGCACUGCACCCGGUCGAAUACAUCCACGUCGAUCGGGAAACGACCGUGUGACAUGUUGUCUACGUCGACAUGGACGACCUGGCGUAUUGCUGAACGCCCUUCACAUCCCCUCGCCACCACACCGCCACAGGUGGGUCCUAAUGCGAAAGUGAUUUCUAUAGGCUAAACCAAUGAAGAUGACACAAAAACACUUACACGCAGACGUAUUGAUUGAUGACACAAACACACGAACGGAAGCGAAGUUGUACAGUAAAAUGAGACGCGUGAAACUGAUUGAGAAACUACAUGUGAAACCAAGUAUUACCAUAGGGAGAACUUUUUAAGCGUUUGUGAGAUUUUUAUUCUACAAAAGUCUUGUGAUUCAUUUUCUCAGUUCGUUUUUCUAUUUCAACACGACUAUUUUUUAAGUAGACCUUAAAAGGGGAAAACGGGACUGUCCGUCACAAGAUUCGCCUCGCGAUGAAGGAAGGACAGUGAGAUAGAGAGUGUUACAAAAGGAAAAAGCAACUAGCCAAAUAUUUUUUUUUUUUGAAAGAAAAAAACUACUGGGCAAACACGUUAUUGUUCGAAACGGACGACACAUUCUAUUAAACUAUUAGCGGCAAUUAUGAGAAAUGAACGAAACACAAAUCGUCUAUCGGUAGGUUACAUCUAUGAUGACUUAAGAGAAGAGCGAAUAGAUUAUAUAUGACACACACACUGAAUCCAAUAGGUAUAUAACAAGCACAGAUUCAACAAGCUGUGACAAGUGCACUCGUUUAGAACUUUUCGUUGAAAUGAAUCGGUUCCAAUGUUACCUGUAGUUGUGUAAGUAAGA